AUGCCUGUACUUGAUCUACGGCCUACCCGUAAAGGGCCCCUGAGGCUCGAUUCUGUCCCCGAGAUCCUCCGCCCGUUGAUUCGGGCCUAUCUCUUGGGCUAUGCAUCUGCCGUGGCGCCCCGGCUCUUGACAUUAGUGUUACAGCAUGUUGCUAAGAGAAGGCGCAAAGCAGCCAAUCAACUCUCUCUGGACCUUGAUGAUAGCUCAUUCUUCAAGUCUGCGAUACGCAUAGUGAAGACCGGAUUCAACCCACAGCGAUUCCCAACUUUCUGCGCCAUUUUGGCCGGUGGUACUACUCUUUUGCAGGAACCCUUGAAGAGUAUUCUAGAGAAAACUGCCAAAGGUCUCAGUGAGGCAGGUCGUUUGAGGCAAGUACAGCCUCAUCCUGGCAAAAGACUGAUAUCCAUUACUAACUCGAUCUUCUCAGACUGGCGAGAUGUACCGCCGAAGGAAGGAUCACCCCCUGAUACGGAACCUCAGACUGUCAGGUUCGCUGGUCGAACAAUGGAUCUAACCCUGUUUGCUGUUACUCGAGCCCUCGACGUUGUUGUUGGUGAUGUUUGGGCAAGGCACAAGGCCCGCCGCCUAGCUUCCAACAAGUGGACAAAGACCGAACGGUUCGUCUCCAGAUUCGUUGACCCCCUGGUUUUCGCCGCCUCCUCAGGCCUUGUGAUGUGGGCUUGGUUUUAUCAUCCAAAACGUCUUCCACGGAGCUACAACAAAUGGAUCACGUCGGCUGCCUCUGUGGACCUGCGUCUCAUUGAGGCUCUUCGACGUUGUCAUACAGGCGAAUUCCAGUAUGGCAAGGAGACGGGACAGGCACACCUUCUUCAGGGAAUGUGCGUUGACUACGAGUGGCCCCUUGCCUGGGGAGAUCCCGCCGUUGUUGUGCCCAUUCCGUGCCAAAUGGUCCAUAUGUCAAGCGGACCUUCGUGCGAGCAUCAUGCCAUUAGUCGCUUCUUUCGAGCCUGGAAGUGGUCAAUGGCCACGUACUUGCCCCUGACGCUUGCUCUCGCCCUACGUAACCCGUCUCACAAAGCUCUGCGUCGGGCCAUUGUCUCAUCUUGCCGUUCAUCUAGUUUUCUCGCAACCUUUAUCACCCUUUUCUACUAUGGUGUGUGUCUUAGCCGCACCCGCAUCGGACCCCGGCUCCCCGGUGGUACCACUAUUGAGCGUCGUCAACACAUGGACAGUGGAAUUUGUGUUGGCACGGGUUGUUUUCUUUGUGGUUGGAGCAUCUUGAUCGAGACAGAAGGUCGGAGGAAGGACAUUGCAUUGUUUGUAGCCCCACGAGCCAUGGCUACGAUCCUACCUCGACGAUACUCGUUGGACAAGGAGUGGCGAGAGAGGCUAGUAUUCGCCAUCAGCACAGCGAUCGUAUUUACCUGCGUUUCGGAAAACCCCGACCGAGUACGAGGUGUUUUUGGAAAGAUGCUCAAAAUGGUCCUCAGUGCAUAG